AUAUGAUCUAAUGUGGGUGUCAGCCGGAUUGUGUUCAUUGAGGGAAACCUUAUUUUUUAACCGUGCUAUGGAGUAGAAGCAGGAGGUUUUCAACCUAGUGACAGUCACAGAGCAGCACCUACCCCCUCCUCCUUUCCACACCUGCAAACUCUUUUGCUGGGGCUGAAUAUUUAGUGUAAUUACAUCUCAGCUUUGAGGGUUCCUGUGGCAAAUCCCCGGAUUAAAAGGUUCCUUGGCAGUGAAAAUACAUGAGAUAAAUCAUGAAGGCAACUAUCAUCUUCCUCCUGCUUGCACAAGUUUCCUGGGCUGGGCCGUUCCAACAGAGAGGCUUAUUUGACUUUAUGCUAGAAGAUGAGGCUUCUGGGAUAGGCCCAGAAGAGCACGCUCCUGUUGAUUCUGAAUUAGAGCCUCUGGGGCCAGUGUGUCCUUUCCGCUGUCAGUGCCACCUUCGAGUUGUGCAGUGUUCUGAUUUGGGUUUGGAAAAAGUGCCAAAAGAGCUCCCUCCUGACACUACGCUGCUGGACUUGCAAAACAACAAAAUAACCGAAAUCAAAGAUGGAGACUUCAAGAACCUGAAGAACCUUCAUACGUUGAUCCUUGUCAACAACAAAAUUAGCAAAAUCAGCCCUGGAGCAUUUACACCUUUGUUGAAAUUGGAACGACUUUAUCUGUCCAAGAAUCAUCUGAAGGAAUUGCCAGAAAAAAUGCCCAAAACUCUUCAGGAGCUGCGUGCUCACGAGAAUGAGAUCACCAAAGUGCGAAAAGCUGUGUUCAAUGGCCUGAACCAGAUGAUCGUCGUAGAACUGGGCACCAACCCGCUGAAGAGCUCGGGAAUUGAAAAUGGAGCCUUCCAGGGAAUGAAGAAGCUGUCCUACAUCCGCAUUGCCGACACCAAUAUAACCACCAUCCCGCAAGGUCUUCCUCCUUCCCUUACUGAAUUACAUCUUGAAGGCAACAAAAUCUCCAAAGUUGAUGCAGCUAGCCUGAAAGGACUGAAUAAUUUGGCUAAGUUGGGACUGAGUUUUAACAGCAUCUCUGCUAUUGACAAUGGCACUCUGGCCAACACUCCUCAUUUGAGGGAGCUUCACUUGGACAACAAUAAGCUUAUCAGAGUACCUGGUGGGCUGGCGGAGCACAAAUACAUCCAGGUUGUCUACCUUCAUAACAACAAUAUAUCUGCAGUUGGGUCUAACGACUUCUGCCCACCUGGAUACAACACCAAAAAGGCUUCUUAUUCAGGUGUGAGCCUUUUCAGCAACCCAGUCCAGUACUGGGAGAUCCAACCAUCCACCUUCCGAUGUGUCUAUGUGCGUUCCGCCAUCCAGCUUGGAAAUUAUAAAUAACUCCCAAGAAAGCCCUCGUUUUCAUAACCUGGCAAAAUCCCAUUAAUAUCGUUGCUCAAAAAAAAAAAAAAAAAAAAAAAGAAA